AGCUUCCAAUUUCCAAAUUAGCGCACAAAAUUAAAACCCCCUAAGUAAACCUUCAAGGAACCCAACAUCUUUUAACUCCUUGGGAGUCUACUUCUUACAUCUCAAUGCUUUCCUUGAGGCGGAAAAAGACGGAAAAAAACCUGCGACAUCUACAACUCGGAGAACAAGUUCGAAGAGAAAGCCGAUCAUGUGUUUAGGAUUUUCUUGCCAACACCGAUCUUUUGAGUGGAAACAACAACUUGUGAUUGACCUUGACCCAACUCCGAGCAUCUCACAGAAGCAGCACCAAAUUUCAAAGAGGGAAGAAGCUGUAAAAGAGAAGAUCAUUUUAUCACAAGAGAAGAACAUUCAUAGACUCAAUGAACUUGUGCGGAGUCUCCGACAACAAUUGCAGCAGUGCAGACAAGAUAAUGAAACUACAAACGGCAAUGAAAGCCCUCUGACUGAACAUGUGAUUGAGCUUGAACGACACCAGAUCCGGGAAAACUAGGCUGUGGGACAAACCAACUUCCUGUUGACAUUUACAGUAUAUGCCCCAAUUGUAUAACCCACUCUUUCUUCCAUGAGCGUUUGUAUUUAAGCUUCACCUUUCAUUGGUGUCUCUCUGAUUAGUAUCUUUGUAAUUAUUAUAAAAUUGGGUAGAAAAUUUGAGCCAGAUGGCAACUUAAACUAUUAUGUAAGUGCAUUUAUUGGAGCAAGCUAUAGGGGAUACAAACGACACUUUUUUCUUUUU